AUGGCACCUUAUGAGGCCCUCUAUGGCAGGAAGUGCAGAACCCCUCUGUGCUGGUACCAAGAUGGGGAGUCGGUAGUAGUGGGUCCGGAGUUGUUAAGGCAGACUACUGAGAAGGUUAAACUAAUACAAGAAAGGAUGAAGGCCUCUCAGAGCAGACAGAAAUCCUAUGCGGAUCAGAGGAGGAGACCUCUGGAGUUUGUAGCUGGAGAUCAUGUUUUCUUGAAAAUUACCCUGACUACUGGCGUAGGGAGGGCCAUCCGCUCGAGAAAACUAUCUCCUAAGUUCAUUGGUCCAUAUCAAAUCUCGAGGAAGAUUGGACCAGUGGCUUAUGAGGUGGCCCUGCCUCCUCAGUUGGCCAACCUUCACUCUGUGUUCCACGUCUCACAACUCAGGAAGUACGUGCCUGACCCCUCUCAUGUACUGGAAGCAGAAGAUUUACAGAUUAGAGGAGAUCUUUCAGUAGAGGUUCAUCCAAUGGGUCUUGGUGAUUUUCAGACAAGACAACUAAAAGGAAAGUUCAUCAGCUUAGUCCAAGUCAUAUGGGACAAACGAACGGGCGAUUCCACUUGGGAAUUAGAAGAGGAUGUGAGAAGGUCAUACCCCCACAUGUUUGCAGAUUCUGGAGGAUCAGACUCAGCUGGACCCUAUAGUGCUUCAUCCCUCAGCUCCCACCCUCCUCAGUAG